ACCUGGAGACACCUGCAGGAUCGCACAGGCAGAAGUGACACUUAGACACAUGUCAGGUAAUUAGACGUCUCCUGAUUCCUAAUUACCAGUGACUACCUUCACUGCCCCCGCCCCCUCCUGUUGACAGAGCCUGUGAUUGGCUGGAGAUAGAGUAGGUGAGCUGAGCAGCCACGCCCACCUGUCUAUUAUAAUAGAGGGAAGCCAGGGAAGGAUCAGUGUACAAUAAUAAUAAUAAGCUGCUGUAGCAGACCGGAGGGCAGUGACAGCCCUUAACAAGUAUCCCCGACGAGUCACAGCUGUGGCGAUCUAUCCCCCCCAUUCCAGCUGAGCAGGUGCCGAGAUAUGUGGGCACGGCUGGCACAUCACUGACACCGCAGCAGCCGACGACUCUGGGCACCAUCUAGAAGACAGCGGAGUAGCGGAGAGGUGUCGGGAUGAGUGUGGAGGUCUUCUCCCGAGCAGCCUAUGUGGACAAGGGGUGCAGCAGCAGCAGCGGCGGCGGCAGUGACCAGGAGGGCAGUCUGCUGUUCCCCCUCUCCAGCCGGGACGAUGAGCUGGGCUCAGACGGAGACUUUGUAGCCAACAGUCCCACCACAGUGCUGUGCACCAGGGACACGGAGAUGGACACGGACACGGGCAGCCUGGUCGGUGAGGAGGAGGAGGACGGAGAGGUGAGAGCAGGCUCCGAGAGGGAAGACGAGGAGGAUGCCGAGAUACCUGCAGGCUGCAGACCCCAGACAUCGGAGGGUGGCAAAGCCAAGACCUAUACCAGGCGCCCCAAGCCUCCUUACUCCUACAUCGCCCUCAUCGCCAUGGCCAUCAGGGACUCUGCCAGUGGCCGCCUCACCCUGGCGGAGAUCAAUGACUAUCUGAUGAAGAAGUUCCCGUUCUUCAGGGGGCAGUACACCGGCUGGAGGAAUUCCGUCCGCCACAACCUCUCCCUGAACGAUUGCUUUGUCAAGGUGCUCCGAGACCCGUCACGGCCAUGGGGCAAGGACAACUACUGGAUGCUGAACCCCAACAGUGAGUACACCUUUGCCGAUGGGGUGUUCAGGCGCCGGAGGAAGAGGCUAAACAGAGUCAGCAAGUGCCUUAAAGAGCAGGAGCUCCAGGGGCUUCCUGAUCAUCAGCAUCACCCUCUGAUGCCAUCACCUGCUGCCAGUCAGGCUUCAAUAAGAACUCCUUCUUCUCCAUCCUCCUCCUCUGCACAUCCUUCCAUCAGCACCAGCAGCUCCACCAAGGAAACUAGUACAGGGGCCAAGUUCUCCAGCUCCUUCGCUAUUGACAGCAUCCUCAGCAAACCAUUCCACAAAAGAGAGAGCAGAGAAGACACCAAGUCACCAAGUGGAAGGAUGGUGUGGCCUCCAGGUGCCUUAUUGCACUCCUCUUCUUCAGUCCCUUCCUAUCCUCUUCUUCCUUACUCUCCUUCAGCACUGCCUCAUUCACCUGCCCUCUUCCCAUUAAACCCCCUAAGCAGCCCUGGUUCCUUGCACUUACAACUCUAUAGGUAUUGCAUGCCUGAAGCUCUGCUUUUCUUAGUGGAUCCCAGGAGUGAAGGACAGCAGCUGUCUGUUGACCCCAGGGAAGAUCAUCCCCAGUCCCGACGUGCCCCCUCCCAACACCCCCAUCUCUUCCCACACCCGGGCACUGCCAAGGCUUUCUCAGAACACCUGGAAAAUACUGAGAUCCUGCGCAGCAUGCGUUCUCCUGGAUCUUACCAUCCAUACCGGUCUGAGACAUUGCUAGCAUGACAAUGAUGGGGGGAGUGGGCCAGAGAAGGUAUGUUAGUGAUAGCAUUCACUGUGUAUAAGGCAUGAUUGAUGUGCAAACAAUUGUAAAGGGGUCCCAUUAAUUGGGUUACUAUGUAAUGCAUCAAUACAUUUCUGUGUUUCCUGUGUCAUUACACCCAUUUCAGUGCCUUCAUUUCUUAUUAGUGACAAGUGCCUAUAAUACCACGACUUCAGGGAAGACUAUUUUAUACCAAAAAUGUUAGGUAUAUUUUAUACCUUUAUGUUAGGUCCUUGUUUUUAAAAGCCCCUAGCCCUUAAUAAUGUGAUUGUAAGUCCUGUCAAUGACCAGGGUCUACACCAAGGACCCUUUGUAUUUGUAACUAUAAGUGUGGCUGUGCCACAGAGUCUGCACUGGUAUCUGUUUUCUAGGAUGUCUAAGUGACCUUCAGCUGCACUUUCUAAGUAUAACAUGAACAUUAUUGUGUAAUCAUUAAAGGGGUAUUCCAGGAAAAAUCUUAUAUAUAUAUAUAUAUAUAU